UCCAAUCCAAUCCAAGUAAAUUUGCAACGUGGCAAAGAGUGAGGGGUGAUGGCAGCAGUAGCGAUAGGAGUGAGGUGCUGCUGCUCAUUGUCGUUUCCGUCUCAUCGCAAAUCUUCAUCUUCUUCAUGCUCUGAUUAUUAUUACAGAAGAAGAAGUAGUAGAAUCAACGCUUCUUCAUUGUUCUGGGGAUCUUCUAAGGACAACAACAAACAGAAUAACAUUUCUUCUUCUUCUUCUUCAUCGCAUCAGCAACAAUUCAGCUUCAAUGUUACCACCACAACAGAAUCUGAAGAAGAUAAAGAUAAAAUUAUUACUGUUUCUUUUGUAUCUUCAAUUUCAGAUAUUCCAUCCACCCAAUGGGAUGCAUGUGCUCUUGAUGCUACUGGAGGACCAGACAAGUUCAAUCCAUUUCUCUCACACGCUUUUCUAUCCUCUCUAGAACUAUCAUCUUCUUCUGUUAAGGAAAAGGGAUGGACCCCACACCACAUCAUCGCUAAGGAUAUUCAUAAUCAUAUUCUCGCUGUUGUUCCUCUCUAUCUCAAGACCCAUUCUUAUGGUGAAUUCGUUUUUGAUCAUUCUUGGGCCAAUGCUUACUCUCAUUUUUAUGGUUCCAAUUCUUAUUAUCCUAAGUUACAAUCCUGUGUCCCCUUCACCCCUGUCACCGGUCCAAGGAUCUUACUUCGUAACACUUCUUUCAAACAUCAUAUUUUUGACUUCAUUGUUUCUGCUAUCAAGGAUCUCACUGCCAUGUCUCAACUUUCAUCCUUCCAUGUCACUUUUCCCUCUGAAAGCGAGUGGCACAAAUUCACUCAACAAGGUUUCCUCCCUAGGAUUGGAAUGCAGUAUCACUGGACCAACCGCAACUAUACUAAUUUUGACGACUUCUUGAUGGACUUGAAGCAUAAUAAACGGAAAAAGAUACGUCAAGAGCGCAAGAAGGUUGCUGCUCAGAACUUGAUUAUGAAACGCCUCCGCGGUUAUGAAAUAAAGGCAAAGCACUGGGAUUCCUUCUACACCUUUUACAGGAACACAACUGAUAACAAAUGGGGUACUCCUCACCUGACGAGGGAAUUUUUUCAUGAGAUGGGAUCAAAAAUGGGAGAUCAAGUACUACUUAUUGUUGCUGAAGACAGUGAGGAACUAGUAGCAGGUGCCCUAAAUCUUAUCGGAGGAGAUACUUUGUUUGGGCGCCUAUGGGGGUGUCAUCCACAAACUUACUAUCCAUUUUUGCAUUUUGAAGCAUGUUAUUAUCAGGCAAUUGAAGCAGCGAUUGAACUCAAUCUUAAAACAGUAGAAGCAGGAGCUCAGGGUGAACAUAAGAUUGAGCGUGGAUAUCUUCCAGUGACAACAUAUAGCUGCCAUUACCUUAUUGAUGAAGAUUUUAGGAAAGCUAUAGAAGAUUUUUUAGUUCGUGAAUCUUCUCAGGUGAAGCUUGUUAUGAAACUCUUGCGUGAUUCUGGUCCUUUCAAGGAAGGUGUCCUGUAGAAAGUAUAUACACACAUUGGCAGGGUUUGAAAUUUGUAAAUAUUAUAUAUAUGGUUUUUUAAUUUUGCAAUCACUGUAUUUUGUUAGAAAUGUAUGUACAGUUGAAUCAGUGGCCAUUAAAUAAUAGUAUUUGAUACGUUUGGCUAUUUGUUUCAUCCUUUAUGACAAAAUUGGAGACGGGAGAGUAAGAUAAAGAUCAUUCAUUCA